CGAGCGGCUCACAAGUGCCCUGGCUCGGAGCCAUGGGAAGAGGGGAGUCCAACAACAAGAAGCGCAUCGGCGGCGAGGAGUGGCAGCGCAAGCUCAAGGAUGUGCGGGUGCGCAAGGAGGACAUGAACCGGGUGGUGAUGAACUUUCUGGUGACAGAGGGCUACGUGGACGCGGCCCGCGUGUUUGAGCGCGAGUCUGGCACCGCGCCGGGUGUGGACCUCGACCAGAUCACCGACCGCAUGGACAUACGCAAGGCGGUACAGAGCGGGGACGUGGAGCAGGCCAUUGAGCGCGUGAACGACCUGGACCCAGAGAUCCUGGAGGAGCAGCAGGGGCUGUUCUUCCACCUGCAGCAGCAGCGCCUCAUCGAGCUCAUACGCCAGGGGCAGCUGCAGGAGGCACUGGAGUUUGCGCAGGAGUAUCUGGCGCCACGUGGCGAGGACCAUCCGGAGCUCUUAGAGGAGCUAGAGCGCACGGUGGCGCUGCUGGUGUUUGAGGAUGUGCGCAGCAGCCCUCUGGCCGAUUUGAUGGAUGUGGCGCAGCGGCAGAAGACGGCCAGUGAGCUGAAUGCCGCCAUCCUGGCCAGCCAGUCGCAGGCGAGCAGGGAGCGUGGGGAGGCUGGCGGUCUGGAGGCGGAGCCCAAGCUUCCCAACCUGCUGAAGCUGCUGGUGUGGGCGCAGAAGCAGCUGGAUGAGAAGGCGACCUACCCGCGGAUAGAGAACCUGGUGACGGCAGAGCUCGUGGAGCCGCCGCCUGCCGACGACUGA